AUUAUCCUCUUUGAUGCGACUCGCGUCGGCGUUUUUCGCCAAUGAAAAGCUAAAGUUUGCUAACCAGCUGGCCUGGUCACAAUAAGCACAAAGAAGCUCCUUAUUUAUUGUGGUGCUUGACUCGAGGUAACCUAUGGAGCGAUGUAAUUUCACCGUUUUUGAUUCCACUUCGGGAGGUGUUGUGGUCCCGCAGUGGAUCCUGCUAGCUUGCUAAAAUAGCCCAGCUACAUUUAUUAGAUCGUUACUAAGCUGUUUUAACCUACAGCAGAUUAAGGCUGGAUUGCUAGACAGAUGGCUAACGUUACCUAGCUACAGACGGGCUGUCUGAAAGUGAACCCAUCUCACUUCAAGACUAUUAAAUAUGCAGUUCGACUCGUUCACUUAUCUGGCAGAGGUUAACUUAGGCGUUAGCUGAGGUCGGUGCCCUGGCUGCACACGGUAGGUGUGACCCAUACCUGUGGAAAAGGUCACAUUAUCAGGUGUCUAUUAAUUAAGGUCCUCUUUUUCCUUGGGUGUUUUCAGCAGUAGUCAUUCCACUGCGUCAUCCUGUGGGGUUCAGAGGAGGAAAAUGUAGACCCAAGUCAACAGAGACGCAUUUGUCUUUUAGCCAAAUGCGUUUGAAUUUAGACGAACUAGCAACGCUAUUAGUCCUCUUGAAUACGUGUUUACAUGACAUUUUAUCUCACCAGUAAGCUUAGCGCAAAAAGCUUUAGACAAUUUGGGCAUUAAGAUUGCAUCAGUUUGACCAGUCAAGCAUUUGAACAGUGGAAGUGAACAAAUCAUGAAUCAUCAGCUGUCUGCAAACCUGCGAUGAAUCUGCAAAACGAUGUACAGUAACUAAAGCGUAAAGCCUGCGUAAAGCUGUGAUGUGAGGAAUAAAACCUAGUUUUCCUGCUUCACUGGGAGGAUGUGCUGUGCUUCUUUGUGUCACGCCUCUGAUAUUAGCCAACAACGGGUCUCAUCUGGUGAGCAGUGAAACCAUUAUGGUGAGGAGAAGCUGUCCCAUGCUGCAUUAGUGGAAUAGUGACAUGCUGGCCUGUCUGCCAGCAUCAGGUGACCCUACCAUCAGAUUUCUCUCCCGCACGCAGAUGAACACUGGACUUCAGAAAUGGGAAACUACACAGAAGAUGAGAUCUGCCAGCUACCCAACCCCAGCAGAGUUGGAUGCCUAUGCUAAGAAAGUUGCCAACAACCCUCUGACCAUCCAGAUCUUCCCCAACAGUGUCAAAGUACCUCAACGGAAGCACAUUCGCCGCACAGUCAACGGGCUUGACACGUCCUCGUCCAGCCAGCGCCACAGUCCCUAUCCCUCUCAGGUCAGCUCCAGUAGGGGCCUGCUGGCUGUCCUCCGCGCGCCUGUUAAAGGUGUCAUCAAAGAGUCGGACGGCAGUCGCGCCCGACAGCUUCAAAAGGUCGUCAUGAAUCCUCACAGUGGGCCAUACGCCACUCAAAGCACUUUAAAUCUUCCUCAGCCCGCUCCUCACCUGCAGGGCCCGUCUCAGCCUGCGGUCCAGGCUGCCCAGAAGCAGGGCUUGGUUCAUCCACAGACGCUACAGCAACAGCAAAGCAUGACUCACCCAAUGACUUUACAGCAGCCUCAGACUAUGCCUCACCCACAGGGUUUGCAGCAAAGGAGCAUGGCUCAUUCACAAGCUCUGCAGCGGCAGCAGAGCUUGUCACACGGUCAGACUUCACAGCAGCAGAGAUUGGCUCACCCACAAGGCAUACAGAGGCAGCAGAGUCUGCCGCACACCCAGGCUCUGCCACAGCAGCAGAGUCAGUCUUGUCCGCCUGUCAUACCACAGCAGCAUCUUUCUCAUCUGCAGACGCUAAAGCAUCAGCCGACUCCUCCACAGGGUUUGCUUACACAACAGGGAGUGACUCAGGAUCUGCGCCACAUGUCUGAUGGAGGUCAGCCCCCGAGCCUGCAGCACACCCAGGGGCUGGUCAGUUCACAGCCCCUUCCCCAGGCUGUGGGUGCAGGACCUCCUGCCACGCCUAACAGCCUCCAGCAGCCACCGCCGGGGGCAUACGGGCCCCGCAAGCUCCCUGACGCAGACGCCCCACCAAAUGUAACGGUAUCUACCUCCACCAUUCCACUGUCCAUGGCAGCCAGCCUGCAUCAGAAUCGGCAGGGUGACCUGAGCAGCAUUGUGCACCAAAUCAACCAGUUGUGCCAGGCAAGGGCUGGCAUGGGUGCCACCUCCGUCUGUGAGGGCCAGAUUGCAAACCCGAGCCCCAUCAGCCGCAACCUGCUCAUCAACGCCAGCUCAAGGGUCUCGUCUCACCACCCGGUUCUGGGCUCUUUGCCUAGCUGCCUCAUGGUGGGACCCCCAGACAAAGCUACAGCUCAGACUCCCAGUGCUGUUCUCCAUUCACAGCCCAAUAUAGCUGCUACUAACAGUAUACCUGCCUUUCACACAGACCCAGAGAAGGUACACCUGCAGCAGCAGCAGCAGCUUCAGCACCAUUUACAUCAGCAGAAACAGCAGCAGCAGCAACAACAGUUACAGCAACAACAUUUACAGCUGCAACAGCAGCAGCGCUCCUGGGCUCAGCAUCAACUCGCUCACAUGCAGCAGCCCCCUGAGGGGGCCCAUCCCUGCAAGAACCCGAGGAUGGAGCCUCCAACUGAGUGUGCUUUCCCCUCCCGAAACCUCAGCUACUCCCACAAGCUACCUAACACUGCACAGUCCUUUCCUCUUAAACACCCUGCAGAAAAACCACCACCUUCAUCCCCUGUGAACUGCCCAGUAAAUUCUAUGCCUUACAUUAAUGGCCACUACAUGCAGCCACCGUGGGGCAGCAUCCCAGUCACAGCAGGUAACAAUGGAUCCGGCCCUCAGGACCUCCCGGUGGCUUUCCAGGGAGGGCAGGCUGCUGCUUCCACAGACCGCAUCCCAGGGGUAAAGUACCGGCCAGGGAAAGAGGGUCCCGCUGGCCAGUCCAAGCUGAUGCAGAAUGUGGAUUUCUUAGGAGGGGACUUCCAGAUGCCCAACUUUCAAGAGCAGAGUAUGGAUGUGAUGGAGAAGAUGCACCGGUCAGCCAUGGGUCAAGUUCAGGAGCCCAACAACGGCGGAGGUGUCCACACUCAUCACCCAGGCUACCGUUAAAUCGUGCCCUUAUCCCUCAGCUCUCGUGUGUUUUGAGUUUUUCAACUACUUUAAGCUUCUCUGGUUUAUCUAUAAUCUUGCAAGUGAUCAAUUACAUUUUACAGCUCCAGAGCUCGAUUUGUGGACCCACCAGGUUGUGAUGUUUCAAAGUAUUCCUCAGGUCUUAAGCCAUGUCGUAUCUUUGUUGUAGAUGAAGGGUUUUUGAGAUUGUCAUCACUGGCAUGGAUGUGCUUCUCUUUCUUCAUGUAUAUAUGGUGUUUUAAAAUAUUAAUUUGCAGCUGAGAAUAUGCUUGCCACAUGAUUGUCACAGUGCUUUUCCUAGGUUGACAUGGAACAACUUUUUUUCAGCAUUUGUGGCCUUACAACUGCCCAAAGGCAAGAUUUAGGAUGUCCCUGUGUAAUGUUAUGGCUUUUCUUUUAAUUUGAAAUUAUUUAUCCUCUUAACAGGUUUGUGAUCCAUUUAAAUAAGAAGGUUACAUGUAUAUGCAAUUACUGAGACUGUUGUGAGGUUUUUGUCGCAGGAGCUCCUGUCCUUAGAUGAGGUGCACACUUGUUAGUGGGCUUCAGUGAGAGCCACAAGUUGUCUAUCAGGAAUAUACAACAUGGCUUCUGAGCUGUACCCUGAGCGGUCCAGGUAGUGUGCAAAAACCGCUCAUUAUCACUGAUACGCAGAAUUUUGGUUCAAAAUGAGACAAGCCAGCACUAGCAAAACAAAAAAACAAAAACGGAAGAAAAAAGAAUAGCAUUCUCCAUUUUCUGAGAUUCAUGUAGUUUCUCAAGUUGCAAGAAGUUUUUCUUAUGUUUUGGAAAGUCGAAAGCGACCUCGCUUUUAGUAUUUCAAGAAUUGCUUUUGAAGUAGUUAUACUUUUAUUACAGUUUUUGUUGUGUUUCUGUAGACGGUCUUACUUGAACUGUAGAAGUAACUUUUAAAAUGUUGUGCUUAACAUUUGGCAAAAGGAGCAGAAACUCCAUUAGCCCCGUUUGUCUAUAGCUAAUGUGAAACAGACUGGCAUCCUAUUAAUCUGAAAAUGGCCUUUGUAUGGCAGGACGUGAGAAGCAAAUUGAUCACUUGCAAGUGUGCAAGUACUUCAGAUAAUGCAAGCUGGAAAAGCGCUUCAUGUCCUCACCACUUUACUGCUGUAACACAAGUGAACUGACUGUGGAGUGGACGUUAGCUGCUUGGCUGCUCAUCUGCUGAUCACUGGCCUUUACCCUGUGUUGUACCUCUGCUACCUAUAAAAUAUAAGAAUUAACAACAUUCAGUACAGGUUAUGUUGUGCUAGAUGUUUCUAGCAUGAAGCUCUGGACCCUUUUUUCUUCUAAUCCUUUUUUUGGGUUGAUGUUGUCUGGGCACACGUUGCUCUGCAAGCCUCAAGCCUUCUGGAAAAAGCCUUAAAUGCGACAGUAGUUAUCCCUCUAUUUAAUUCUUACUUUAAAUGACUUCCUUUACUAGGAUCCCAACUCCAGUAUGACUUCGUUGUGAGAAAGAGUAAAUUAUUAUUAUUAUUUUUUUUUCUUUGGUUCAUUUUAAAUCUGAACUGUUGGCUCAUUGGACAGUGCUGAUUCGUAUAAGCAGCGGGAGCGGGUGAUGUUGCCUUAAACUGAAAUAUUAAGGUAAUAAUGCUACUCAUACGUGUUGAUAAAUCACCUGUCGUCUCAAAUGUCAAGGAUUUAAGAUGAUUUUAAGAGUAAAAUAUGAAUAGUGUUUAGCAGAAUUAGUAGGUUUGUAGAACACGGCUGUAGCAAGUUAUUUUAAAGUAUUUGGACUGUGUUUUAGUUACUUGAUAAAUAUCCUUAUGUAGUUUAAUUUAUUUUUUUUUGGACCACUGCAUCCUGAAGCCAUAGGUGUUUUCACAUUAGGUGCCAUAGGUGACACACAGUGACGCAGACAGUGUAAACCGGAUUGUCUGCACUCGGGAGACAAAUAAGAGGUUUGCAUCCAUGCUUUAAUCUGAUGUCUUUCACAGCGCAGAGCUUAUUUUCUCUUCUCUGAGUUGUUCUCAGAACACAGUGCAGGUCGAAAGAGAGAAACGAGUGGCGAGACGAUACGAGAUGCAAGCUUUUCUGGAUUUUGAUCUUCAUACUUGAUGGCAGUUUUCUUUUUUUUCUUGUUUUUGUUUUUUUUUUUUCCUUAUUUUUCUGGCUCUCAUUUUUGACGUGCCUGCCCCUUAAAAGCUGCUAUUGACUUUAAUCUUAACACACACUAGUAUGGUUUGUGUGUGUGUGUGUGUGUAUGAAUAGUAAUGUAUGGGCUGUAUCAAUGAAAAGGAGUUCCUGUUUAUAGGAUGGGCGCAGGGCAAAAACCGCCACCACUGACAUGCUGGUGAAUUUGGUUUAGUCUAGCAGACAUAUUUGGAGAUUGUUCUAAAUAUUUAACAGCUGACCAGUGUUCAAAGAGUGAUUUUCAGCAGUCUAACCCACAGUCAUCUUCCAGGCCUGUCUGGGGGUUCCUUAAAUCAACACUAAAACUGACAGAUCUGCCCUGUUUAUUUUGAGCUGCCUCGUUACAGCCCCACAUCGUCAGGUUCUACAGUCUCAUAUGAAGUGCCUCCACUGGGCUUAGUAUGGAGAAAAGCGUGAAUGGGUGUUUGAGUGUGUGUAUGUUUAGCUUGGGUACUUGCACACAGGUGUGCGCGCUUGGCAGCGGUGCACAAAGUUAAUUUCUGACGGGGGACCAAGCUACUUAGCAUAACUACUGAUACUGUGUCAUGGACUGAAGUCCUGAAGUGUGCCACGAUUCCUAGACUCUGUCAGGAUGUGUGAACUGUUUGCUGCUGACUCACUGACCAAAGUGACCAAGCGUCCCUCUCUGUAACCACCCGGCCGAAACGCCUCGGCAAGCUUGUUUUGGGAACUCGUUAUGUUCUGAUGAGCAACAGCCUGGUGACAUAAAGGAGAGCUGCUGCCCUCGUUUGGACGGUUAAAGAAAAUCUCGUCAAGUGAAAGUGUGAAGAUGUGAACCGAGCAUUAAAAAAAAAAAAAAAUCUAGAGCGAGUGCUUCCUGUCUGCACAGUAUCCAGGCAAGAUUCAGAUGUUGUCCUUAGCAGAACUGUGUACAAUUUCAGAAACAUGUCAGUAAGCACUGUAAGAAGCUAAUUUGCUGAAGCACACUGUAGCUCGCCUCGUCAGUUGACUCAGAUGGCAAUAUGUACUGGGGGCACAUGACCACUCUCUCUAGAUUUAUUUUCACUCCAAUGAACAUGAUUGUCUUUGGUUAUCAAAGACUUACAGUGUUGUGAACGGUGGUGGAGGGGGGCAUACUUUCUCUACUUUGUGAAAAUGUGAUAUUCCAGUUUUGCCUAACCUUCAGGAAUAAAAUGUCUUGCACAAACAUUCCCCCUAACCAAAAUAAAGUUUUCAAACACAA